AUGUCUUACGAGCAGAUGUCAAGGGAGGAGCUUCUUGUCGAAAUUAAACAGUUGCAGACGGCUAAUUCCCAGUUGGCGCAGCAGAACAUGAAGCUGGUCUUUCUUAAUAAGGAAAGAGAUCAGCGUCUCAUGCGCUGCGAGGCCGUCAUUCGGCGAUACCGGUCUAGGCUUGUAAGGUGGUUUGAAGACAUGCAGCAUGACCCUCUAGCAUUUGAUAUUCCCGAGCAGGAGGAGGUCGCCAUGGCUACCUAUGGGGUGGUAUCCACAACGAGUAUCCAUAACGAACAAGAUGCACUGCAGGCAGAGGAAGACGGCGUUUAG